GAGAGAGAGAGAGAGAGAGAGAGCGAUUCACUGUUUUCGCUUUACAUAUUGGGCUCGGAAUUGCAAAGACCACGGAGAGCAGAGAGAAAGCAGCCUCUCUGUCAUCUUCUUCUUCUUCCUUCUUCUUCUCAAUAUACAUUCAGGUACAGACCCAGAAGAAGCCAACUUCUCUUUGUUUCUCCUCCAUCUGAAUCUCUAAUGACGAGCCGGGUCUUGUCCGAAGGUGGUUUGAAGCCCCUCCCUCGAAUCUACCUUCGACCCGGAACAGGAUUUGCCUCCAUUGAAGCCAAACCCUCCACCCUUAGAUUUUCGCAGGGCAAUUUGAUUGGUGGUUCAAUUGGCUGUGGACGGAGCAAUUGGAGAGUGGAGGUGAGCGCGCCGCUGAAAGUGCAAUCUGUUGCUGAAGAGAAUGAAGGAGAGAGAAUCAAUGGUGUAGGUGACGACGGAGGGUUUGACCCAGCCACGCCUCCGCCGUUCCGGCUGGCGGAUAUCCGGGCAGCUAUUCCGAAGCAUUGCUGGGUUAGAGAUCCGUGGCGGUCCAUGAGCUACGUGGUCAGAGAUGUGGUGGUGGUGUUUGGGUUGGCGGUGGCGGCAUCGUAUUUGGACAACUGGGUUGCUUGGCCUCUGUACUGGCUCUCUCAGGGAACCAUGUUCUGGGCUCUCUUUGUUCUUGGACAUGAUUGUGGUCAUGGAAGCUUUUCCAAUAAUCCCAAGCUCAAUAGUGUAGUUGGACAUCUUCUUCACUCAUCAAUCUUAGUCCCUUACCAUGGAUGGAGAAUUAGCCACAGAACUCAUCAUCAGAACCACGGGCACGUUGAGAACGACGAGUCCUGGCACCCAUUGCCUGAAAGGUUGUACAAGAAUUUGGAUAACAUUACUAGACUGUUGAGGUUCACUCUGCCUUUCCCUUUGCUUGCAUAUCCAAUCUAUCUGUGGGGAAGAAGCCCUGGAAAAACAGGAUCUCAUUUCAGCCCGAACAGCGAUUUGUUUGUGCCCAGUGAGAGGAAGGAUGUGAUCACCUCUACUCUUUGUUGGAGUGCAAUGGCUGCACUGCUAAUCUGUCUAUCUUUUGUGAUGGGUCCAACCCAAUUGCUUAAGCUUUAUGGCAUUCCCUACUCGAUUUUUGUCAUGUGGCUGGAUUUGGUAACUUACUUGCAUCAUCAUGGCCAUGAGGAAAAACUUCCUUGGUACCGAGGAGAGGAAUGGAGUUAUCUUAGAGGGGGGCUAACGACGAUCGACCGGGACUAUGGCUGGAUCAACAACAUCCACCAUGAUAUCGGGACUCACGUCAUUCAUCAUCUCUUCCCUCAAAUCCCUCACUAUCACUUAGUUGAAGCUACAGAGGCUGCCAAGUCUGUGCUGGGGAAGUACUACAAGGAGCCUAAGAAAUCUGGGGCUCUUCCGAUUCACUUAUUGGGAAGCCUUGAAAGCAGCCUCAAACAUGACCACUAUGUGAGCGACACUGGAGAUGUUGUGUACUACCAAACAGACCCCAAACUCCACCACAAGCAACAGCAACAAAGCAAAGCGAAGCACUAAACCCGAAAGAGCUCGUCUUCAACAGAAAAGCAGUCGGCUGAUUCUUUAAUUUGUAGUAGUAGUAGUAGUAGUAGAUGAUUGGAGGGGCAAAAGGAAUUGUUUCUUUUAGCUUGUAAAACUAGUAAGACAGAUAUAAACAGAAAUUUUAUGAUUUUAUAGAGAAUAUAGAUAUGAGAGACACAUUUUAUAUGGAUACAUUUUAAAUGGA